AUGACCCAGGAGCAGUACAUCCUUGCGGCGCAGCCCAACCCGCUCCACCAGAGGGGGGCGUCCAUGUGCGGUGCCCAGGUUUACCCUGCAGUGGGGAUCUAUGGCUGGAGGAAGAGAUGCUUGUACUUCUUCAUCCUCCUCCUCCUCGUCACCAUGAUCGUCAACCUUGCACUGACCAUCUGGAUCCUCAAAGUCAUGAACUUCACUCCGGAUGGCAUGGGAAAUCUACGGGUGACAAAGGAAGGUGUCCGAUUGGAGGGAGUGUCCGAAUUCCUGCUGCCUUUAUAUGUCAAAGAGAUCCAGUCUCGUAGGGACAGUCCGUUGGUCCUUCAGUCGGACAGAAAUGUGACCGUCAACGCAAGAAACGAUCAGGGACAACUGACUGGUCAGCUUAUCGUGGGUUCAGAGAUGGUCGAAGCUCAGUGUCAGAGGUUUGAGGUGAGGAGCCUUGAUGGAGAGAGAGUUCUGUUCUCAGCAGAUGAAGAGGAGAUAACUAUCGGCACUGAGAAACUUCGAGUCACAGGGAACGAAGGUGUGGUUUUCAGCCAUUCUGUAGAGACAUCGCAUGUUAGGGCAGAACCCUUCCAGGACCUGAAGUUGGAGUCGCCGACUCGGACUCUUACCCUUGAGGCCCCCAGAGGUGUCGAGAUCAACGCAGGAGUGGGAGACUUCACAGCAUCCUGUAGGAAAGACCUUCUCCUCCAGUCGUCAGAAGGAGAGAUUUUUCUAGAUGCCAACACUAUCAGACUGGGCAACAUCCCCCUUGGCAGUGCUGUGGACCCCCUGGAGGGGGCGCCUGCAGGUACCACCUACACUAAACAGACUGUCUACGAGCUGUGCGCCUGCGCCAAUGGAAAGCUCUACCUGUCCCCAGCUGAGAAAGGCUCUACCUGCCAAACCACUAGUAACUUUUGUCUCUGGAGCUGAAAGUACGAAGCCGAAAGACGCCGAGGACAUAUGGACUAUUAAAAGUUUGAAGCUAAUGCUAGCCAACAGACUGAAUCAUCAUGAAUUAUGGCCUGGUGGGAUGCUAAUGCCAGCUAACAGGCCGAAUCAACGUUGAUUGUAGCAUGGUGAGAGUUCAUGUCCGUCAACCAACCAAAUAAUGUGGCUUACGGCUUGGGCGGGAAGCUACUGCCUGCUAUCAGACCGAAUCAACAUGGACUGUAGCUCGCUGUGAUGCUAAUGCCAGCCAAAGGACUGAAUCAACAUGGACAAGAGCGGUGAGAAGCCACCUCACCGACAAAAUUAAUAUGGAUUGGUCAGUAGCUAUUGCUAGUCAAGAUGAUGGAUAUCUCGGCAGGAGGAAAGCCAAAAAGAUUAGCUGAUUGGUUUGAUACAAGGACCACUCAUGGUCAUGGAUGGACCGUCCCUCCAGGAACCUCAGUGGCUGUUUCUGCCAUUGUUGAUUAUCUGAAGGUCACAAGGAUUACAUUUGGGGGUCACUUGAGAACAGCAAACUCUUACAAUUGUAGUAAGUCCUGUGUUCACUGUUUGACCGAAAUGUGCGGGAUAACACACUCCUGCUUUUGUUAGGAUAUGGUGAUGGACUACAAACUUGCCAGCACGGACUGAACACGGACUCUGGGUUAGAAGUUCUGGUUACCAGUUGGCUAACAAACAUCAAUGAGGACUUUGGUUUAGCUCUACAGGUAACUUACUAUUAAAGCAGACGAUGGUUCAGUCUUGUGGGAAGCUAUGGCUAGCUAACGGACCAAUCUAUACCAGAAAGGCCUUCCCCCCUCUUCCCUUCUAGUCUUAAACCCAAAUUUUGAAAUUUAACCUUUCCACAUUAAUCUGCACCUAGUAGUGACUAUGUUCUCCAACACUAAUUUUUCAUUGGACAAUUAAUGCAAAUAAUUGUGCUUCAGCCUUGCAUUUACCAGCUUUCUCCCCAUAAAUGUCCUGAUUUUCACAGUUUUUUAUUUAUGUUAGAUCUAAUAUUUUACUUGCUAAUUAUCUUCUUUCCUCCAUUCAGUGUCUCUGUAAUCUUUGAUCCUUAAAUAUUUUGCUGCUGGUCCCUGUUUAUUUUCUCUGUGCUCUGUCUAAUUUUCUUUUAUUGUUUUUAUGCACCUACUGGGCUGAGAGAAAAUGUUGUUCUGCCUAUAUUAUCUUUCCUCCACCAGCCUUGUUAGGACAAAUUAAAUACAUACUGUCUGGUUUCUUCCACUGGUAUAGUUAAAACGUUUAUUCAAAAAUAAUAACAGCUGUAUCAGGUGCCGUUUUUUCCCUUCCACAUUGUCUGGUCCCAAAAAUGUUGGGUUCCCGAGGAUAGAAGUAACAAGAAUAAUAAAGAGAAGAGGAAAGUUAUUUCAGUCUUUAAAUUAAGCCUAAGGUGGGUGCUAAGGCUGACAGACCAUGAUGUGGUGUGGAACCCCACGUGUAGAUAGGCAGAGUCAGUUAGCUGAUGGCCAAAACUAUUUUGGUAUUAUGGAGUAUUUUACAUCUCCAUCCUAAGUUACUUAUCCGUCACACUUUUCCACCCCUUUGCAUGACAUUUCUGCUCUUUGUCCUCUUUCCUCUUUGUCAUGUAUUUUUUGUCAUUGAAAUAUGUUUCGGCUCUUUGCUUUCACCCCAUGUCACUUUCUGUUUUGUUAAAUGUUUACUCUCUUAUAGAUACCAUGACAUGUCAUUAUGUUGUUUCCAUCUCCAUUAGCCAUCACAAACUCAAAUAUCAGGCAGAUUGCCCCUUCAGUCUCACCUAAUGCCCCCUUUCAAAGGUUCAGCAAGGUAAGAAAAGAAAAGUCAAGGAGGUUUUUGUGUCUAUAUCCAAUCAUCUCUAUUCUACUACUUAUCUUGGGUUGAGUCACAUGACGUGCAAGUUAAUAAAGUUAGUCCAGACAUUUCUUAUACUAGCAAUGUUUCCUCAGCCUAUUCUGGGUCUGAGUUUCUUAGCCUUUGGUUCAACCCAAGCUAUAUUAAGGGGGAAUCUAAUUUGGUCCCUCAUAUUAUUGAUCUGAUUUGGGCACAAACAAAUACCGUCAUCAUGGUGGUUGUCCAUGAACUCCACAAACAGGAUCAGUGACAAGGGGCAACCCUGGCAGAAACUAGUACUAUUAGGAAAGCUCUAAUUGUAAUUAUUUUAGGAUCAGAUAACUCCUAAUAACUCAGUGUGAUAUAGUGCACCCCCCACCCUCUCUAGGGACACAGUUGUUAAGUCUUAAACACUUGCUGGGCAACCUCACAUGACCCCUCCAGUAAUCUUACAAGGGUGAAGAGUUGGUCCACUGUCCCAUUGUUGGAUUUUGCAAUACUCCUCAAUAUGAGGUUCACCCAGUCCAGAACAAUGUGAUACCACAGUAAUCUAAUCUGUGCGAUAAUGAAAAGACUCUUCAGACAAGACACUCCAGCCAUGAACAUAAUUUAACAUCAAACUCAAAAGAGGCCUAAAUCCAGUUCUCCACCAAGUACAAGACUUACAAAAAUUGAAUAAUUCUAGGUUGAUCAACAGUCAUACCCCUAUGGUGUCCUGGUAUCAGAUCAGAACACUCAAAUGUACUGUUUGAUAUGGCCAAUGCAUCCUUAGCACCUAAGUCCAUCAAUUAAUUACCACUCAGGUUCAGAUAAGACAGACAGUUCCUCUCAAUCAUCUCUUCAUAGUUCCCCACAUAAGCCAUGAAGUCUGAAUAUGUCAAACUGCUGUUUGGUGCAUAGGCACAAACAACAGUCAGAGCAUUGCUCUGAUCGACAGGUAACCCCCUCCUACCCCACACCACCAGCAUCACACACAGCUUCCUGGAUCAUCGGGACACACAAACCUCUCCACUAUAUUAAGGUGGUGUUGAACGGUCGGAAUAUUCUCAAGCUGGCUAACCUAGCACCCAACCUCUGCAAUGACUGAAAAAAGCAAAUUUGUGUGUCAGAAAUCCCCCUGGUCAAAGUUAGGGAUGGAUGUGGUUGUAUGUGUAUGGACUCAGCUGAAUUAAGGCCCUGAGGCUUACUUUCAUUUCUAAAAAGAAGCGAUGCACAGGUGCCUUUGCUGCUGUUGGUAAAAGCACAUCACAGUUUGAACGUUCACACCCCCAAGUGUGUGGACAAACUCUCUAUUUAUCAAUCUACCUAUCUAUUUAGUUUUCUGUCUUUUCCCUCCCCUGUUCUCCUGGUUUUGUAGAGUUCUCAGUAUAUCCAGCUGAAAAAAAUAACAAUUCAAUCCUGGUUUAAAGUUUAAUUUUCUGAUGUGUUCCCUAUGGUUUUAUUCUUGAUAAUAAAAAAAGCACAAAUUAUGCCAUGUA